GGAGCGGGCCGCAACGCAGGCGCAAGCGUCCACGCCCAGGUCAGCGCCCCGGGCUCCCCAGAUCCCGGAAUCUCGAGGCUCUCCGAGCUGCGAGGCAGGGGAAGCAGGGACGUCCGGCCAGCGGGGCUCCCAGGCACCUAGCGAGGUCUCCUGGCAGGAUGACUGUGGGAAUCUUUGCAAACUGUGUUUUCUGUUUGAAAGUCAAAUACUUACCUCGUCAACAGAAGAAAAAGCUACAAGCGGACAUUAAGGAAAAUGGCGGGAAAGUGUCCUUUUUAUUGAGUCUUCAGUGCACACAUAUUAUCUUAGACAAUGCCGAUACGCUGAGUCAAUAUCAGUUGGAUUCUCUCCAAAAGAAUCAUAUCCUCAUUGCUAGCCCAGAUUUUAUAUGGGAAUCCAUCAGAGAGAGGAAACUCUUGGAUAUAAAGACUUACAAUCUGAAUAAGUCACUGCCCGUCACUCCACCUCCUCAUCAGAACUCCAGUUCUGAACUGAAAACAGAUGCUGUAUCACUGGAAAAUGAUCCAGAGGAGGAAAACACAGAACUCACUGAGUUUUAUGAAAAGAAUGUUGCCAUUCCUCAUUUUCCUCAAGACUUUGAAGUUGCGAAAUAUAACACCUUGGACAAAGUGGGGCCUGAUGGAGGCCAGGAAGUAGUGGUGGUGGAGCUGCGCUGCUCCCAGGAUUCAGGGCGCAGUCCUUUUAUGAUCACUGCACACUUCCUUCUGGCAGGUGACAUGCAGACUAGAAAAGAGUGUAUGGUAAAGGAAACCCCUGCGGAGGCAAGUGAGUAUUACGAAAGCUACAUUGAAGACCUGAAGAAACAAGGAUUUCUGCUCAGAGAACAUUUUACACCAGAAGCCACCCAAUUAGCAUCUGAAAAAGUGCAAGCAUUGCUUUUGGAAGAAGUCAUCAGCUCAAGCACCCUGAGUCCUGAGGUGAGCGAAUUGGUGGAGCUGUUUUGGGCAGAAACCGUGGGCCACUUGGAACACACACUUCUCAAGCCAGUGAACACGAUCAGCCUCAACGAUGUAAGCAAAGCAGAGGGGACUCUCCUUCUAGUAAGGACAGCCCUGAAGAAAGGUGAAACAAUAGAAGAGCUGCAAAAGAUGAUGGCUGAGUUCUACAGGUUGAUCCCCCACAGACAUCCAGAAACAGAAGAAGUGAACCUGAGACUGUUAGCUAAGAAAGAAGAUCUCUGUCAGCUAGUAAGAGACAUGGUUAAUGUCUGUGAAACUCAUUUGUCCAGGCCCAACCUGCCAUCUUUUGCCAAAUACCAAGCUUUGAGAUGUAAAAUUGAGCAUGUUGAACAGAAUACUGAAGAGUUUUCCAGGGUUGAAAAAGAGGUAUUGCAGACUCAUUGCAGUGAAAGUCCAGGAGACAUCUUGCAGAUAUUUCGAAUUGGCAGGGUGAAUGAAGCCACAGAGUUUCUGAGCAAACUUGGCAAUGUGAAACCCCUGUUGCAUGGAUCCCCUGUACAAAACUUCGUUGGAAUUUUGUCCCGUGGGUUGCUUUUACCCAAAGUAGUUGAAGAUCAUGGAGUGCAAAGAACAGACAUUGGGAAUCUUGGGAGUGGAAUUUAUUUCAGUAAUUCACUCAGCUCAAGCAGUAAAUAUGCACACCCAGGAAGUACAGAUGGCUCCAGAUUCCUGCUCAUCUGCGAUGUAGCCCUCGGAAAGUGUUUGGACUUAACCAGGAAGAACUUUUCCUUAACGGAGGCACCACAAGGCUAUGACAGUGUGCAUGGAGUGUCAGAAGCAGCCUCUGUACCCACAGACUUUGAGGAUGAUGAAUUUGUUGUAUAUAAAACCAACCAGAUUAAAAUGAAAUACCUUAUUAAAUUUCGCUUGCCUGGAGACCAAAUAAAGGACUUUCAUCCACAUAUUAAUACUGACUUAGAGGAAUUUAGGCCUGAGGACUUAAUUUGUUCAAAUAUUGAAGAUUACCAGUUACCAGACAGCAAACGUCCUAGCGAUGGCAAGGCUGGCCUUCAGGACUCUGGGGGGUGUCCAGUUCCUCUGGAGGAGGUUCACAUCAAGGGAAGAGUGAUAGACUUUGUAGCCCAGGUUAUUGUUUUUCAAACAUACACAAAUCAAAGCCAUGUGCCCAUUGAGGCAAAAUAUAUCUUCCCUUUGGAUGAUAAAGCAGCUGUGUGUGGCUUUGAGGCAUUCAUUAAUGAGAAGCACGUGGUAGGAGAGAUCAAAGAAAAGGAAGAAGCCCAGCGAGAAUACCGAGAAGCCAUCCGCGAGGGCCACGGUGCUUACCUGAUGGACCAAGAUGCUCCGGAUGUUUUUACUGUUAGUGUUGGAAACUUACCUCCUAAGGCUAAAGUCCUGAUCAAAAUUACCUACAUCACAGAACUCAGCAUCCAAGGUCCUGUUGCCGUCUUCUUCAUGCCCGCCACAGUCGCACCUUGGCAACAGCACAAGGCUUUGAAUGAGAACCUUCAGGAUACAGUAGAGAAGGUCUAUAUAAAGGAAAUAGGAGCAAAGCAAAGCUUCUCCUUGGCUCUGUCCAUUGAAAUGCCAUAUGUGAUACAAUUCAUUUCCAGUGACACACAUAAACUGAAACAAAAGAGCACCGACUGUAAAGCUAUAAUUCGCACUGUGGAAGGCAGCUCCUUAGGCAGCGAUGGAUUUUCUCUCCACAUCGGUUUGUGUGAUGCGUACCUCCCCCGAAUGUGGGUUGAAAAACAUCCAGAAAAAGAAAGCGAGGCUUGCAUGCUUGUUUUUCAACCUGAUCUUGAUGCCACUCUCCCAGGCCGAGCUGACAAGAAUGAAGUGAUUAUUUGCCUCGAUUGCUCCAAUUCUAUGAAGGGUGUAGCAUUCAUGGAAGCCAAGCAGAUCGCCUUGCAUGCACUGUCCUUGGUGGAUAAGGGGCAAAGAGUAAAUAUCAUCCAGUUCGGCACAGGUUACAAAGAAUUAUUUUCAUAUCCUAAGUUCAUCACAAGCAAUGAGGUGCCAACGAAGUUCAUUAUGUCUGCUACGCCUACCAUGGGCAACACUGACCUCUACAAAAUGCUCCGGUACUUAAGUUUACUGCGCCCUUCUCAAGGGAUGCGGAACGUGCUCCUCUUGUCCGAUGGGCACCUGCAGAAUGAGAGUCUGACAGUGCAGCUCGUGAAAAGAAAUGUUCACCACACCAGGCUGUUCACCUGUGGUGUCAGUUCUACAGCAAAUCGUUAUGUCCUAAGGACUUUGUCCCAGUGUGGUGCUGGAGUAUUUGAAUAUUUCAACUCAAAAUCCAAACAUAGUUGGAAAAAACAGAUAACAGACCAAAUGAUCCGCUUACGGGCCCCAAGUUGCCACUCUAUUUCCAUCAAAUGGCAGCAAUUCAGUCUGGAUAGCGCAGAGCUCCUGCAGGCCCCAGCCCGCGUUCGUUCCUUGUUCCACAAUGACCGGCUCCUUGUCUACGGAUUCAUUCCUCAUUGCACACAGGCAACUCUGUGUGCAUUAAUUCAAGAGAAAGAAUACUGUACGAUGGUGUCAACUACUGAGCUCCAGAAGACAACUGGAACUAUGAUACACAAGCUGGCAGCACAAGCUCUGAUCAGAGAUUAUGAAGAUGGCAUUCUCCAUGACAAUGAAACGGGCCACGAGAUGAAGAAACAAACCAUGAAAUCUCUGAUUAUUAAACUCAGUAAAGAAAACUCUCUCAUAACACAGUUUACAAGUUUUGUGGCAGUUGAGAAAAGGGAUGAUAAGGAGUCACCCUUUCCUAGCAGUCCAAAUAUUUCCGAACUUAUUGCUAAAGAAGAUAUAGACUUUCUGCCGUACAUGACGUGGCAAGAGGAAUUACCAGAAACAGCCAACACUGCACAGAUUGCCACUUCACUGGAAGUACUGCAAGAUGGAAGUAUGGAUGAUAUCAGCUUGUUGCAGCCUCGCUCUUUGUCCUUCGAAUGGAAUGAAGAACUGCAACAUACACAUUCAUGGGAGAUGAAAAGGAUGCAGGAAGCUGAUUGUUUGCUAGAAUACCAGCCUUGCUCGGUUCGUUUUCUCUCUGGAGACUUGGAAGAGUCAUUGGAUUUGAGCCAGAAGGAUUCAAGGAGACAAAAAAGAUCUAAAUUAGAGACAACAUAUUCCUCCCCUUGUGCUUCCGUAACCCCGGCUUCCCUCCCUCUGCCCUCUCUUCUCAAAGACACCCACUCUCUUUUCCAUCCUGGGGCUGCCGUCAGCCCAGCUGUCCCCCCAGUAGGUGGCCCCGGCCUUGAGCCUGGCACCAGCCCCAGCAUUGCCCUGGGGUCAGCUCCCCCACGCCCACCCCCAGAUUUUCUAUUGGGCACUUUUGACAGUACUUUUUCAGGUGAUUCAUUGAAUGCCAAACAGUUAAAACAAAAGGUAUCUUAUCACAUGGGUAAGAGACCAAAAUGUGGGAGAAGUUCCUUAUUAGACCAGGCCCCUGAGCCGGCUUUUCCGCCAAUGCUUUUCCCUCCCCCAAAACUUCCUGUUCCCCAUUCUUCUUUUCCCUUUGGUCAUGCCCAAAGUGAUUCUUCUUUGCAGGAUCAAAAUUGCCCAGUCUCUAUGGCUGCCUACAGCAGGGACUUCAGGAAUCUGCACAGGCAACAGUUCUUAGUCUCUGGUUCUGCCCAGAAAGACACUGGGCUUACUGCAGGUCAGGAGAAAACACCAAAAAUGUACUUCCCAACAAAGAGUUUACACCAUGGCGAGAGGGGCCCUGAAAGUGGCUCUCAGAGUAUUCCAUUCAGUGGUGGGUUAGGACCUGAAAGUGGCUUUCAGGGGAUUCCAUUCAGUGGUGGGUUAGGACCUGAAAGUAGCUUUCAGGGGAUUCCAUUCAGGGGUGGGUUAGGACCUGAAAGUGGCUUUCAAGGGAUUCCACUCAGGAUGGGGCCUGAAAGUGUCAUUCAGAUUCCGCACAGUGGCGGGAUGGGGCCUGAAACUGGCUUUCAGGGGAUUCUACACAGUGGCAGGGUGCAGCCUGCAAGUGUCAUUCGGAAGACUUUACACUGUGGCAGGAUUGAGCCUGCAAGUGUCAUUCGGAGGACUCCACGCAGUGGCAGCCUGGAGCCUGAAAGUGUCAUUGAGAAGAGUCCACUCAGUGACAGGAUGGAGCCUGAAAGUGUUUUUCAUAGAAUUCCUUGCAGUGGCAAGAUGGAACCUGCAAGUGGCCUUCAGAGGAUUUUACACAGUGGGAUAGAGCCUCGAAGUGACUUUUGGAUCCAUAGGCCCUUGUCUGUCCUCUUCGCACUGCAAACAGAGCAUGGUUACUGGAAACUCAUACCAGAACUAGGACUUAUAGUAAAUCUUAAAAUACAUGUUUUACACAACUAUCUUGAAGAAAAAGGAAUUCGAUCUCUAGGUACUAAAGGAAAAGAAUGUCUUCUGCACCUGAUUGCCACAUUGCUGGCACUACAGUAUAUUCGAAGAAGAAUGAUGGGAAUAGCCUUCAAACCACUUAUGAAACUGGAUGAGGCUUUCAGGGAUAAUCCCUGGAAUUUUGAGAAAGUAAAGAAAGCAAUUGAAUGGGUUAGAAGAAUAGAAGGACAAUAUUCAUCUAUCUGCCAACGGCUUGAACUCGGUAAAGACUGGGACUCAGCCACGAAGCAGCUACUGGGACUUGAACCUCUGGCCGCCUCGUCUCCUCUUAGCAGAGUUCUGCAGUAUGCUCAAGGCUGUUAAACUUUUCUCUCAUAUGUCAUAUAUAAUCAAAUAGUAAUCGUUACAUCAUAGUUAUAUGACAGUUAAGACAAUUAUGAUUUUUAUUCAGUGCAUCAAUCAGUCCCUUUAAAAUAAAAUAGGCACAAUUGAUUUCAAGCAACAAUAAAAUGGAAAUAACAGUAUUAGAGAUUUGUAUUUCCAGAUUUUAAGGUGAUAAGAGAUGUUUAGACAGUCCCAGGGAAUCAUUCCUUCUUCUUUCCAAGAGUCCAGUGGAGAGCUGGCUUGCUGAGUAGGCUGGGAAGAAGCCACAGCAUUGGCUGGUGGUCAUAACAAAGGGCUGAGUCUGUUUCCAUGGCCCUGUGUAUCCAAACUGUGGACUGGAUGUGCGUGCUCCCUUGUGUGGCUCCCCCAUCUGCUGAUUUCUCAGUGCACUGCUUGUUACUUAGAGAAAUGAGGUCCCCAGCAAUUCUUCCAUUGAUUAUGUUUUUGUCAAAUUCUGAAAGAAAUGAUCUCGAAACCCAGAUCAUCUCGUUUUAUGCUCAUUUUUCUUCUCAUUUUUAUCUUCUAGACAUUUUCUAGUUUGGCAUUUUACCUUUAGGUCAAUGAUCAAUUUGAAUUACAAUUUAGUUUUGGGUUAUUUUUUGUUUUUGUGGGUUGGGUUGUUUUGG